AGAUGGGAUUUUAUUGGUUUCUGGUUUUUUCUAAUGACAAAGCUUUAAUAGAAUCCAAGUUAUGGACUACUGUUGCGUUUUGGUUAUGGUUAUUAUGACCCUUUUUGCUUCUUGUUUUGGAGUUGGUUUAUCGAAGACUAAUGAAAUAUAUGUGAAGAAUUUCAUCAGUUGGGAUGACAUGAAAGUUGAUGGACAUAAAAUAAGAUUGAAUACUUCAACAGUCUAUCAUAAUCAGAGUCGAGUUAUUGUGGUUGAUAAAAAUGGCGGUGGAGAUUCAAUCACAGUUCAAGAAGCAGUAAACAUGGUUCCUGAAUAUAAUAAACAAAGAGUUAAGAUUUAUAUUCUUCCAGGAAUUUACAGGGAGAAAGUAGUUGUUCCACGUUUCAAGCCGUAUAUAUCAUUUGUAGGGAACGAAGGUCAAAUGGCCAACACCAUAAUUUCAUGGCACGAUAAAGCUUCUGAUAGGAACAGCAAUGGAGGUAGCUUGGGAACUUACAGAUCAGCUUCUGUCACAGUAGGAUCUGAUUAUUUCUGCGCCACUGACAUCACAUUUGAGAAUACAGUGAUUGGAGCUCCUGGAGAACCUGGAAGGCAAGCAGUGGCACUGAGGAUUUAUGGUGACAAGGCAAUGUUUUACAAGGUCAAGAUUGUGGGGGGACAAGACACACUUUUAGAUGAAACUGGAUCACAUUACUUCUACCAUUCAGUAAUUCAAGGCAGUGUGGAUUUCAUCUGUGGCAAGUCGAGAUCACUGUAUCAGGAAUGUUUGAUUCAAUCCACAGCUAAAAAGAUUGGAGCCAUUGCAGCACACCACAGGGAUUUACCAGAUGAUAAUACAGGUUUUUCAUUUGUAAGCUGCAUAAUCACUGGAAGUGGUAAAGUUUACUUGGGAAGAGCUUGGGGAAACUAUUCAAGAACUAUAUAUUCUAACUGUUAUUUUGACAAUGUUAUAAUUCCUGCUGGAUGGAGCGACUGGAACGACCUUUUAAGGCACAAGACUGUAGAAUUCGGGGAAUUCCAGAGCUGGGGAACAGGAUCUGAUACAAGUGGAAGGGUGCCAUGGUCAAAGAAACUUACUUACGAAGAAGCUAAACCUUUUAUGGACAUAAAAUUCAUAGAUGGAAAACAGUGGCUGAAACUUUAAGUUGUUCUCUCUUUUUCAUUAUUCAAGGCCUAGCCUUAUCUCCCCCACAUACGAAUCACAAAUAUUUAUUUUUCAUAAUUAACUCAAUAAAAGCAAUCCAAAAGUUCUU